AUGUGCACCUUACCGAACCAAAUUUUCGAGGCGAAUGCCGGGUUCUCUCGUGAGCUCACUCUGAACAAGGCUAAUCGACAGACGCAUGAAAAAGAGGUGUCUUGGGGUGUAGACACCAACGUCACCGUUAAUCCAAUGCAUAUUUGUGAAGUGGAGAUCUCAGUGGUGGAAGAAAAAUUGGCCUGUCGUUUUACCAUGACUACUCGAGUGCAUGGGCGUCUGAGAGCCUAUUUCACCGAUCGUACCAAGGAUAAUGCCUUCCUCAAAUAUCUGGAAGGAGACAUCGGCACAAUUGUAGAGAGAGCACUAAAGGAAUACAAGUCAGCUAACCGAAACGAAGUGAGAGGUGUUCGGACUCUCCCACAUCCGAGCGGCAUCAAUCAACGAAUAGUAAUUUUUGAAACCCGUGGGAAAUCAUUUUUCCGAUUUGGUGUAAAACAGGUAGUCGAGGUCAGGCAAACUCCAAUACCAAAGGCUAGCUACAAUUGCCGGCAAUGA